CUAUUACAGCCAAAAGUGGGCAUGGGUUUAUUUUUAAUCUAGGAUGGGCUGUAUUUAUUGUCUCAGCAGCCCAAACUCAAGGGGCACCAGCCGAGAGAUUUCAGCUAGAUUGUUGGGAGCGGAGCGUACCUCUCUGGGUCUUAGAAAUGGCACCCAAGAAAGCUAAGAAGAGAGCAGAAGGAGCCAACUCCAAUGUCUUCUCUAUGUUUGAACAGGCACAGAUCCAGGAAUUCAAAGAGGCAUUCACCAUAAUGGAUCAGAAUCGCGACGGCUUCAUUGACAAAGCAGACCUCAGAGACACAUUUGCUGCAUUAGGACGCCUCAAUGUGAAGAACGAAGAACUGGAAGACAUGAUCAAAGAGGCUCCCGGACCAAUUAAUUUCACUGUGUUCUUGACCAUGUUUGGAGAGAAACUAAAAGGUGCCGAUCCAGAGGAAACCAUUCUGAAUGCGUUCAAAGUCUUUGAUCCAGAGAGCAAAGGCCUCAAGGCGAACUACAUUAAAGAGAUGCUCAUGACGCAAGGGGAGAGGUUUUCAAAGGAGGAGGUAGACCAAAUGUUUGCUGCUUUCCCUCCAGACGUGAGCGGCAACCUGGAUUAUAAGAACCUCGUCCACGUGAUCACACACGGAGAAGAAAAGGAUUAAGAGUAAGGCGUUAGGAACUGCCCGGCAAGAGCCAGGACAGAAGGAUGGGAUACCUUUAUGUACAGUCACUUUUGUUUGUUCCUGUUCAGGAGGUGUGGUGUGUUCCCCGUAUGGUCCGCAUAUAUUCUUGCUGACCCAUCCUCUCACCCAUCCUCUUUGGAGGGAAAAUCCAGCCAUAUCUGGAGAAAGCUAUUUGUAAAACUGUAUUGGAAAUGAA